AUGUUUUGUUCCUCGAUUAUAGAUACUAAGUCUGGAGAAGGUGGCAAGCUUUUACGAGAUAAACAAAUCGAAGAACGAAAAAAGAAAAACGCCGAACGGAAAGCGGCCGUCGAGGACAGACGGAAGCAAAAAGAACGCGAAGAUCGUGCGAAACACGAAGCUCUGAGACAUCUUUUAGAUCAUAAGCCCUCCUCCAAGACGACCGGUCGGAAAUUACCCAACGUACCGAGCAAUGGUACGACUUUCCCCCGUCGGGAAACGUCGGCGACGCGGAGGCUGUCUUCGAGUUCUAGCUCGAGCGAGGGGCACACGCCACCCGGAUCGGGAAAAGGCACUCGGAAUACGAGACGGAAUUUAACCGGCCCUAGCUCGGCAUCUACGUCUAGUUUGAACAGCUUCGGGAGCAAUUUAGGCACUGGUAAGCCGAAAGGUAAUUUAGGGGUAUUGAAGAAGACGAGUGUUAGUACAAAUAAUUUGAACGAAGGUGGGUUAGGUCAUAAGGCGGGGCAACGGGCGAAAGACAAAGGGACGGAGGUAGGGGCCUCUGCUCGGAGAAGCGUCGGCAGCUCGAUACCGAAGGCACAGUCGAUGGGCGCAAUACACCAGGUCGGACAUACCAAGACGUCCCGGCCGACCGCUGGUAAAAAGGCGAAGCCCAAGGCGAAACCGACACAUCACGCUGGAACGAGUAACGAAGCUGAGGCCGGCAGGGCCCUGGCUGAACAUCGCAAGAAAAUGCGGGAAGAGGCCGAAAGGAAGGCAUUGUUGGAUAAGGAAAAGCAAGAGGAAUUACGAAGACAACGAGAGGAAGAAGAGAAACGUUUGGCUGAGGAGAAUGGUAGGUUUUUAAUGGCGGCUACUCGAACCAAUCGCUACAAAAAUUGUUUUAUACUUUCAAUAUCAAAUGAGUACUUAGGAUAGUGAAGAUAUACUAUUCAUUUUUAACGUUUUAUAUGUUUAUGUGUAUAUGUUUAUGCAUAGCCUAUCGAAUGGAAGAUGGCUGUGAAACUCAGAAUAACAAUAUAACUCAUUAUCUAUGUUAGUCAACGUUUAUUCAUAAAUCUGGUCCUUCACCGCCACGUGCGUAUUGUAUUUUUGCCCAACUAACCAAUAGCAAUGUCUUAGGAAAGUUACCUAUCCGUGACUCGAACAAUAGGGUAAAUUGGAAAUUACUUAUUGGUGGAUUUGGCAAAAAUACAAUACACAUGUGACGGUGAAGGACCAAAUUUAUGAAUAAACGUAGACUAACAUAGAUAAUGAGUUAUAUUGUUAUUCUAAUGAGUUUCACAGCCAUCUUUCCUUCAAAAGGCUAUGUUUUAUGCGUGUCAUUUAUCUCUUUCAAAAACUCAUUAAUAAUUCACGAGGAAAACACAAAGAAAAAUCAUAAGCGUGUCGUAUCUUUAUAUGUGAUAGAGAUUUCCCUUGAUUUACAGUACAUAAACUUUAACUUUGAUUUUCUCGACCUACACAACGUAUUUUUUGAAAAUUACUUCGCCAAUAAACUUACUAUAGAUCGAUCGUUUUUGAAGCAAUUUAAAACAUUCUCAGCCUGUUUUAUCAGACCUAAAGUUACUCGGCUUCGUUUCGUACCUUUAUAUCUGAUAAAACAAUGCUGCUCAUGUUUUAAAUAGUACUUCAAUAUGUAUCAUUUGUAAAUUUUACACAUUCCAGCCAUUGUAGGCUGCGAUGUAAAAUUCUAUUAAACUAUCUGUCUGUAGAUGCUUGUGAUGUUACUCUGAGUGUAUAUCCACACCGGGCAGGCUUGAAAAAAUAUGCCUGGCCACGGUGGGAAUCGAACCGACGACCUUUGGAAUACUAGCCCAAUGCUAUUCGAAUCCAAUUUCGAUUCCCACCGUGGCCAGGCAUAUUUUUCAAGCCUGCCCGGUGUGGAUAUACACUCAGAGUAACAUCACAAGCAUCUUAUUCACCUGAGUACAUUACACCAACACAGCAAAUAUCUGUCUGUAUUUAUUUUAGCGAAAGAAAUGGCUAGACAAGCAGAGCUUGCCGUACAACUUCAAAAACAACAGGACGAACGCGCCAAACUGCUUCGAGAAGAGCGCGAGAAAGAGGCCGAAGUCGAAGCGGAGAAAUUAGCGGAAGAAUUAAAACACAAAGAGGAAAUGGAAGUUUUAAAACGACAAGAAAUGGAACGAAGGGCUGCAGAAGCCGAACGGCGUGAGAAAGAAGAGGAGGAAAGAUUGCAAAGGGAAGAAAUAGAACGACAAGAAAGACGAAAGGUAUAAUGGCACGAUUAUGACCCAGGGGACGGAUCUAGGCUCAUCUGCAAGAAGGGGUGCAGGUUUUCCAUGGGGUGGUGCAUGAGGGAGCCUUACUGCCCACUCUCCUCUGCAGUCUGCAACGCUACUAUCCCAACAUUACCUUUAUUUGAGAUGGCCAAAUCUGCAUGUUCGCCGUUCUGUUACUUUUUACAUUAUCUUUUGUUUAUAAAGUUUAUAUCGGCUUUUUAUCACGUACGCGUGAUUGGACAGUUGCUGUAGCACAGUACGGUAAAUUUGCUUGUUAAAGUACAGUAUAUUUGAAAAUAUCGCUGUAUAACAACCUCGACAUGUUUACGCAUUUAUAUUCUUGGGUUUCACUAUGGCAUUAUGCAGUGAAUCUGACGGGGGUCAACCUCAAAUGUAUUGAUGCCUAUGCUGUACUGGAGUGAGAAAAUGAUACGAACUUCCAUGUAUUUGCUACCAAACACAAGGCUAAUACAUAAACGAACAAUCGACUCAGUCUGAUAACUGUGUUUUGUUUUAGAGUUGACCCUCCGUCACUGUUGUGACGUUAUAUGAAACCCAAGAAUACCAUAAUAUUGAACUAAAACAUUCUGAGUAUCUUCUCGUGAGCUCACAAAUCAAUGCGUGUAACUACUGUAAUGAAUUUAAAGUUUGUUCGUUCACUGCAACCAGGUAUAUCAAUCAUGUUUCGCUCGCUACUCUGGUUUGAAUAAAUGAUUACAAAGCCCAGUCGAAUUGUAAUCAAGACCCAACGUUUCGACACUCCAGUCUAGUGUCUUCAUCAGGGGUGAUCUAAAAUUGCAAUCGUGGCUUCUUAAGGUCCAGUAAGGAUCAUCUCUUAUCGAUCCAGCAAUGCAUGGUUGCACGCAUAUAUAAUAAACCAAACACUAUUCCAGAACACCGUGUGCACUCCAGAACAGUGUUCCAAGUGUUCUAGAACAUCAGUAAAUGGAGCAGCCUCUUAGACUGUACAUGCUGACGCGUUUGCUAAAUAAUAAUUAUUGUUGCGUAAAAUUUCAGAGAGUUGAAAUGAUUAUGAGCAGGACAAGAAUGACAUCGACUGUGAACAGUAAUAUGACGAAAGCUGAAAGUUAUUCAUCUUUAGAGGUAUUUUGAACCGAUUUACACCCCAAACGUUUCGUUAACUUUACUUUAUGCUAAGUAAAUAUUAGUCCCUAGAGGUCCAGUAAGGAUCAUCUCUUAUUGAUCCAGUGUUACUACAGGAGGAAACCUAAACUAAACUAACUUUAUUUAUACUGAAUAGCUCUAUCAGUUCUAAACUGUUCUCCCUAGAGGAAUCCUCUCUUAUUGAUCCAGUGUUACUACAGUAGGAAACCUAAUCUAAACAUUAUUUAUACUGGAUAGCUCUAUCAGUUCCAAACUGGUCUCCCUAGAGGUCUAGUAAGGAUCAUUUAAUUCUUAUUGAUCCGUGCAGUGUUACUACAGAAGGAAACCUAAUCUAUUCUUACUUUAUGUAUACUGGAUAGCUCUGUCAGUUAUAAACUGUGCUAAAAUACCUUGCCCAUUACAAUAUAAGCACAUUGGGAUUUUUUUCUCUGUUAGGACCUCUCCACGAAAUUAUCAGAUGAAUGUCAUUCAAGUACAGUAUCAGAAAUCUUACAAAAAGUCAAGGAAAAAUCGCGGGCCAGUCCUAGCCCGGAGAAAGACAUUGAUCUACAAAAGGAGAACCAACAAUUGCUUGAAAAUUUAGGAAAAGAUUCAUUGGAUGGUAAAAAUGAAAUCUCAAAUGACGUGCUUCGGCCAAUCGACAAUUCUAGUAAGUUAGAAUUGAAUUAGAAUUCUUAGAGCGCUGCAGCGAAAUCGCGGGGCGUUGAUUUGAUUCAGGCCAGAGGACCUAUAUAGUUGCAUUCUCUAGUAAAUUUAUAAAAUUUAGUAGACGUAGUAAAUUUCCAUCUACCAAAAUCUCUACAAUUCUACAGAUGGGGCUUCGGUGGCGAAGUAGUUAGCGCACUUGCCUUUCACCUCUAAGGUCGCAGGUUCGAAUCUCAAUGAGGACUUCUCAUUGUGACUGGAACGCAGUCCUAAUGUGAAAAGAGUAAGUCAACGCUCUGCCGAAAGUCGUGGGUUUUCUCCGGGCACUCCGUGUUUCCUCCCACAGGGAAAGUUGACAGGGUGGGUUAGGCACAUAAGGUCUGGAGGCAGAUCAUUAAUGAGGUAUGGACUAAUAGCGGCUGCUCAAGCGCCAUUUGUAAGCUCAAAGUCUACCUCGGUCUGCUUCACGUCAGUCCGUUUGAUCUAUCUAAUCAUUAUGUAAAACUUCUGCAAUUCAGUGUAUGCUGCCAUGGAAGUUCAAAUAUACUAUCUACCUUAAAAUAUCGGUCAGAGAAACGUCUGACAAAAUGCUCGAUUACUUAAUUCGAGUUUCGGUCGAACAUUUGUAUUGUAAUAUCCGAUGACUUUGAGUUCAGUUUGGCUUGGAAAUAAAUAUGAAUACAGACGCAAAUUAAUAUCAGUACAAUUUGGAAAAGUCUCUUGAAUCUUGGCAAUGAAUUUCCGAACGCCGCGGUGAAAAUCCCGCACUUGAUUAAACAUUUCCAGUUCACUUUUUAUACAUUACUCUGAUUGUCCAUUUAACAUACGAGCCUCUAGUCCUGGACUAGAGUACAUUUUGAUUUACAUCGGAUAAAGUUACAGUUAGGUCGGACACCGAUUCACUCGGGUCGGACAAACAAUAAACUUAAGUUUUAUUUAAGUCCAGUGGUUUCCUCUCGGCGUCGGACAAUUUUACGAAUGGGUUUGGACAAUGUUUGCGUCCGGACCGAUAUUUUAGUGGCUGAUUCUAGUAAGUUUGCUUUAGUACUUAUAUUUAAACUCUGUUAUAUAUGUACUGAUUUUGGACUCUAAAUUAUCUUCAUAUUAAACAUCAGAUUUUAAUUUUCGAUAUGGUUUAUCAAAUCAAAGUAUACCACUCUUCCCAUUAAGAAAUGUUUUUGUCGUUGAUUUUAAGAGAACACGGAAUUGAUGUCGACCACAAGAACAUAGGCCAGAAAAUAUGCGAUGAGGACACUGGUCAUAUUCUGAGGUGUACUUCGAGGGAUAUUCGAAAUAAUUUAGGGAACACUUAUAGUACUUCGACGGAUAUUGACUGUACUUCGAGGGACACGUAUGGUACUUCAAGGGAUUCUCGCAGUACUCCUGGAGAUAUUGAUGGUACUUCAAGGAACAUUAAUGGUACUUUGAGGGGUAAUGAUGGUUCUUCAAUGAAAACAUAUAUCACUUUGAGGGAUACUUGUAGUGAUACUUCAAGGGACACUGGUGGUACCUUGAGGGAUCAUGUUAGUACUUCAAGGGAUAUUGGUGGUACUUCAAGUGAUAUUAAUGGUUCUCAGAGGGAUACUGGUGAUUCAUUGCAUGGGAACAUUAAUGGUUUCGAGGGAUCAAAACAUGAUGCAGAAUUAUGGGCGAAUGUAGAACAUCUCUUGAUAUCGAGGGAAAAUGAGGUGAAAAAUGAUUUAGAAACAAAUGGUGUCUUUGGGGAAGAUCUCGUCGAGGACGAAGACGGCGAGGAAGGUCAGUUAUGGAAAGUUGUCGAAGGAAAACGACACAUUUCCGACGUUAUUUAAUAAAAUAAAUACAUCGACAAAAAUACAUGGGUAUCAUUUUCAGCGCCGUUUCGAAUUAAGGAUGAAUUAUGGUAAAUUAUAUGUCUGUAUUCAUAAAAAAAUAUUUUCUUUUCGAGAUUAACUUAGUAAGAGGCCGAAUAUCUGUAUAAAUUGCAGUUGAAUGAUAACAUGUCGCUGAGGAAACAUUAAAUAUAUGCAUGUCAAAGUAUUGAACUGUUGAAUUAUCAUUUCCGUUUCACAUAGGGCCGUUCUGGUCAAAUUGUUGAAUGAAACACAAAACGUUUGGACGUCUCCGACCUAUCUGACCGGAAAAUUUAGAUAAAAUUAGAAUGAGGUCCAUUUUCGCUAGAUAUUUGAGAAACAUAGAACAGAUCUUUCCAUUGAUACAGAGAUAAAAAUUCGGGCUGACCGGUCAGGCCAUUAAAUGGAAAGCGCCCUUAUAGCCAGAAUAGAAUUGUCAUUAAAUCAUUUUUGUAGUAGCAUAUUGUGUCUUUUGUGUGAAGCUACAUUUAACGUCAUGAGACACGUUGCGCGCGUUAUUCGCAAAAGUUGAAAUUGUGGCCUGUGUUUCAACAACCAAUUUCGCUCAGAUUUUGACCAGUACAAUGAAUGUUGAAUCAAAUUCGUUUAUUUUGCAGACGAAGGAAAAACGAAAACUUUUAUCAAGAUACAAACACGGGGUACACUACAUACAGUAAUAUACAUUGUGUAUCAAAAAACCCGCAAACACUAUAAUUUGCAUAAUUCUGCUGCUUACUAGCAUUUCAAUGUCUGUGCUACUUAUUUUGCUCCUGGGAUUUGAAAAUACAUUGUAAUUAACCGCGUUAUAGAAAUUAGAAUAACACAAAGUAGUUGUAAUGCGAAAGCUAAUUAUCAGUUCGACUGCGAAUGGUCGACUAUUGUGUUUACGCACGCUUGGGAUCAAUUAGUUCUGAAUCAUGCAAAUUCUAAAAACAUUGUAUUUCAAACGGUUUGCAGGUUUUUUGUUACACCCUGUAGUAAGACCAAUCUCACUUUCUAGUUCGGUUACAUGAGGCAUUUGACAAUCCCCACACAGUUUUAAAUCCUUGAUAUUUCGAUAAACACUGGGCAAAACUCUCCAAAUAAAAUAAAUGGAUAGGAAACUAGCUGACGUGACCUAAUGUUUUCAAUGGGCUGAUGGCGUGGUUGGAUGUUCAAACCUAGUUGCAAACCAAAUUCUCAAAAACGGCAUGUUUAGCAAUAAUACAGAUAAACAUUUUAGUCAAAGAGCAAAUAAAUAUAACUACGUCAUUCUACGAUGAAAUCUCUAAGUAUUCCCAGUCAAUUUUAGCAAAUAUUUCAAGUACUGAACAGUGAAAAAUGCAUCGCAAAUUUCGUUAAAAUUGGCGACGCCAAAUUUCGUAACCACAAAUGUUAAAAAAAAUACAAAACAAAGACGAAAAACAUUUACCUUGAAUACUUUGUCGUGGCUUAGGCAUGUUUUUAAAACAAUUAGACCAGUUUAUGCUUCAAUAUUACUCUUUUAAAGCGGAAAAUAUAGAGAAACAACAAAAAUGCUGAGAACUUUAGCAAUGCGCGUGACGCGCCCGUAUUUCGCGCAAAAAUUAUUUCAAUUGAAUUUCAAACGUAAAUAUUUCGAAAAGUUUUCAUAUUAUCAAUAUAUAGUUUAUAAGGGAUUAUAUUUUCUAAUUUAAAGCGACUCAAUCGUGCGGGAACUAAUUGUUCUUUAAGCAACUUUUUGCAUAUUCAGAAAUAAUGAUUUGAACAGUUGAAUACUUUGAUAUGCAUUUUCUCAGCUACAUUUUGUAGUUCAUCUGCUAUUUAAUUCGAUGUAGAACAUGUCAUUUCAAUACGAAGUUCAGAAUCUGAAUUCACAAACGCUCGCUACGAAAAUUGAGGUUUCCCUUAAAGGGCAUUGGCAAUGAAGAAAUAGUUUAGUUCAUUUGAAAGAACUCUUAAAACUAUAUAAUAAACUCUAUUACAGAUUGUUUAUAUCUUGCUUAGUUUUCAAAGUAUUUCGACUGAAAAAAGUGAGCUGUUCGCCAUCUUGGAUUAUUGAGGAUAUGCAUGUUACGUCAAGAGAGGGGUCACGCUAAUUUUUUAUCUUGAGAGUAAGCGAUCAAUAUGGGUCCAAAACUUCGUUUCCGGUUGCUGUCUGAAAUUUAGAAAUGAUUAAAAACAUUUCAAACAAUUUUGGAUUGUUACACGGUCAUUUUAGAGUAGUUUUAUAUGGUUAACCCAACUCCUGACGUCAUCAAAACCAUAGUUAAUGAGGUCAAGAAUUAGUCCAAGAUGACGACAACCCAUUAAUUUCGGUCUAAAUAUUUCGAGAACUAAGCAAUAUAUGACAAAUCGGUACUAUAGUUUAAUAUGUAAUCUUUUGAAUGAGAGAAAGUAAUUUUUUUAUUGCCAAUGUCCUUUAAGAAUAGACAAUGUUUACUAUUCUACCUUCGAUAAUUCUUCCUUUAUAUAGAUUCAAACGGCGCUAUUUACCAUUAUUGAAAAAUAGACAUAGUCAUUCGAAGCUCGCGUCAUUACCAUUCUUGAUCGUGCAGAAUUCAUCAAUAUGCAAUUACGAAGUGUUACGGUUUGUGUCUGAACUACCCUCGUAUAAAGACGCACAAGUUGUUAGAGAUCUACAAACAAAUUGUAAGCAAGGUUGUUGUGAAGCCGAUAUCAGGAUGUGUUCGCACUGCUUGUUCCCAGUUGUUGUGACAAGUCUGGAACAAGUUGUUAUCACCUUCUGCUACAAGUUGUUCCAACAAGACUAAUACAGGCUGUUCGUAACAAGUUGCUACGAGCUUGUUGUCGUCAACUUGUUAACAACUUGUUACGUGCAGACGAUAUCAGACUUGUUGGAACAACUUGUUGCGAGUCUGUUGGCCUCAAUAAACUAAAUCACGCGAUGGUAAACAUUUUUCUUACCAAUUCCUGUUUAUCUUCAGAAGGUAAAAUACAAAAUUGAAAAUCGCUCGCCAUGAGAUGCUUUACCGCUACGCGAAGUAACUGGCUUUGACAAAGAUUCUAAAACAAAAGGAAUAGCACAAAAGACAUUCAUAUCAUCUUGUAACAAGGUUGACGAGGCCAACAGACUCGCAACAAGUUGUUCCAACAAGUCUGAUAUCGUCUGCACGUAACAAGUUGUUAACAAGUUGAUGACAACAAGCUCGUAGCAACUUGUUACGAACAGCCUGUAUUAGUCUUGUUGGAAUAACUUGUAGCAAGUCUGUUACCGCCAUCAACCUUGUAACAAGGUGAUAACAACUUGUUCCAGACUUGUCACAACAACUGGGAACAAGCAGUGCGAACACAUCCUGAUAUCGGCUUCACAACAACCUUGCUACAACUUGUUAGCAGAUCAGAACUUGCGCGUUUUUCCGUAUGUAGUCCAGACACAAACCACGGCGGACCUUUACAAAUACAAAGUGUUCGUUUGUGUGUUUCCAAUGAUAAUAAUAGAGUGUUUAGAAACUGUAAAUUUUUGUACGCAAAAGAAUUGCCUAAAUCUAUAUAGUAUUUUUAAAGCGACUAUUUGCACGAGUUAUUAAAAUUUGUAUUUAUAUGAAUUAUGAAAAAGUAUAGAGUGAAUUUUGUGCUAAAAUUAAAUAUUUCA